AUGCAUCGGUUCAAAACAAUUAAAAUAGCGGUUGAAAAAGGUGUAAAUGCUAGAUUAUUUUCAACAAAUGUUUGUUUAAGACAGGUUCAGUCAACUCAGCCUUUACGUGCUAAACAAGCCUCCACCCCCGAACAAGUAAAGUACCCGAUUAUCGACCACACUUACGAUGCUAUUGUCGUAGGCGCAGGAGGUGCGGGUCUCCGAGCUACUUUUGGAUUAGCCGAAGCUGGCUUUAAAACUGCUUGUAUCACCAAGUUGUUUCCCACCAGAUCUCACACCGUCGCAGCACAAGGUGGUAUCAAUGCCGCUUUGGGUAAUAUGACCAAGGAUGACUGGCGUUGGCAUUUUUACGAUACUGUGAAGGGUUCCGAUUGGCUUGGUGAUCAAGACGCUAUCCAUUACAUGACUAAAGAAGCUCCAGCUGCUGUUUUGGAAUUAGAACAUUUUGGUGUCCCUUUUUCUAGAACUAAAGAAGGUAAAAUUUAUCAACGUGCUUUUGGCGGUCAAUCUUUGGAAUUUGGUAAGGGCGGUCAAGCUUAUCGUUGUGCUGCUGUUGCCGACCGUACUGGUCAUUCCCUUCUUCAUACUCUUUACGGACAAUCUCUUCGUCACAACACCAACUUUUUUAUUGAAUACUUUGCCAUGGACUUGUUAAUGGAAAACGGUGAAUGCCGUGGUGUCAUUGCUAUGAACCUCGAAGAUGGUAGCAUCCAUCGCUUCAGAGCUCACAAGACCGUCUUGGCUACUGGUGGAUACGGCCGUUCUUACUUCUCUUGUACCUCAGCCCACACCUGCACUGGUGAUGGUAAUGCAAUGGUUUCUCGUGCUGGUCUUCCUUUGCAAGAUCUUGAAUUCGUUCAAUUCCAUCCCACCGGUAUUUACGGCGCCGGGUGCUUGAUCACCGAGGGUAGCCGUGGUGAAGGUGGCUUUUUGCUCAACAACAAGGGUGAAAGAUUCAUGGAACGUUAUGCCCCUACCGCCAAGGACCUUGCUUCCCGUGAUGUUGUUUCUCGUUCCAUGACCCUCGAAAUCCGUGAAGGCCGUGGUGUUGGUCCUGAGAAGGAUCACAUUUAUUUGCAACUUUCUCACCUCCCCGCCGAGGUUUUGAAGGAACGUCUUCCCGGUAUUUCCGAGACCGCCGCCAUUUUUGCCGGUGUUGAUGUUACCAAAGAGCCUAUUCCCGUUUUGCCUACCGUUCACUACAACAUGGGAGGUAUCCCCACUCGCUAUACCGGUGAGGUCCUUACUGUUGACGAAAGUGGAAACGAUAAAGUUGUGCCUGGUUUGUAUGCAGCUGGUGAAGCUGCCUGUGUUUCCGUACACGGUGGUAACCGUUUGGGUGCCAACUCUUUGCUCGAUAUUGUUGUUUUCGGAAGAGCUUGUGCUUUGCACAUCAAGGACACUUUGGAGCCUAAUGCUCCCCAUAAGCCUUUGGCUGCCGAUGCUGGUCUUGAUUCCUUGCAAUUCCUUGAUAAGGUCCGUACUUCAGAAGGUCCCAAGCAUACUAGCGAAAUUCGCCUUAACAUGCAGAGAUCUAUGCAAAGAGACGUUUCCGUCUUCCGUACUGAAGAAACCCUUCAAGAGGGUGUCAACAACAUCCAAAAGGUUGACGAAUCUUAUAGCGAACUCGGUAUCAAGGAUCGUGGUUUAAUUUGGAAUACUGAUUUAAUAGAAGCUUUGGAAUUGCGUAACCUUUUGACCUGUGCCGUUCAAACCGCCCAUUCCGCUUUAAAUCGUAAAGAGUCUCGUGGUGCCCAUGCUCGUGAAGAUUAUCCUGAAAGAGAUGAUGGAAACUGGAUUAAGCAUACCUUGACCUGGCAACAAAAUACUACUGACCCUGUUACCUUAAAAUACCGUAAUGUGGUCAACACUACUAUGGAUGAAAGCGAGGUUAAAGCUGUUCCUCCAUUCAAGCGUGUCUAUUAA